GUCUUCUGGCAUUCAGUGUCGGCGGUUCGCGGCGAGCGGUUGGAUUUUGGAUUGUGGAUUGUUUUGGGCGGUGAAACGCGAAUUCUUCAGUGCGGCGGGUGAAAUCUUCGGCGGCAGGCAGAAGAAACCGAAAAAGCGACAAGUGUGUAGUGCAUAGCGUACCAAAAAAUAAAGAAAAAAGAAGAGAUCAUAAUUCGGACUGUAAAAGUCGUGAGCCAAACAAAUGAAUCGCAAAUAAAUGAGGCCAGUCACCGGAGCAGAGAGCUGCGAGUUAUGGCACAAUAUUGCUGCCUAUAAAUAGUGUAACUGAAGGAAAGAAAAAGUGGCAGUCGUCGAAGAAAAUAAAAAGGCACAACAACAAGGGAAAGAGCCGCGCUACAAAAAAUCCAGAAACCAAGAAAUCAAGAAAACAGAAAUCGAAAGAACAAAGGCGGGUUCGUUGUGGGUCAAGAACGAAAGUUCGGCCCAAAAAGUGCCCGUUUCGGAUCGAUUGUGCAUUUUUGAGCGCUUUUCGAAGAGGUAAAUGGUCAAGCAGCACACUCCAGUCCACCUCACCUGGUUGAAGCGUCGAACCUGGCGUAGUCCCCACAUUAUCCACAUUAUGACACAGCAACAGCCGCCGUGGCCGAGUCCCUAUCCCAAUGCCAAUCCCAAUCCCAGGGGAAAAUGCUGGCUCAUCCUGGUACUCAUAGCCGUGCUCCCACUGGCAGAUGUUGGAGCUCUGCCCUUCCUGUUCACGCACCUCAAGCCGCAGAUCAACUGGACGCAGCCGGAGAUGGAGAGCUGGGUGAUUGAGGAGCAGCCGCGCAGCAUACAGCCCCACCUGGAGCCAGUGCUCCAUCCGAAUCGCACCCACCGCGUCCUCUCCUCGGACAGCACGGACGCGGAGUUCCUGCAGCGGUUGGUCAGCAUCCGGCACAACCAGACCGCCAGCUCCAGGAUGCUGUGGUACGAUGUGGCCGGCGGAGAUGGCCUCGUCUACCCACCGUUCGUGGACAAGGCCCUCAAGCUGCUGAACCUCAAGCAGGUGGCCUUCGAGAUCGAGAACAGCGUGAUGUCCAAGGUGACCUGCACCGCCUGCAGAGCGGGCGCCGGCAUGCUGCAGCAUCAGAUCCAGUCCGGCAAAACGGACGCGGAGCUCAUCCGCAUGAUCACGGACUACUGCACCAAUCUGAACAUCCAGAGUGCCCGCGUCUGCCAGGGCGUGGCCCAGCUCUUCGGCAGCGAGUUGAUCUACGUCCUGAAGCGGGUGAACCUCAGUCCCGACGAGCUCUGCAGCUUUGUGAUUGGCGAUGGCUGCGCGGACGUGUACAAUCCGUAUCACGAGUGGGAGGUCAUAUUCCCGCCAGUGCCCAAGCCACCGCGCCUCGCAGACCUGCCCAUUCCCAUGGAGGCGGCACCCUUCUUCAAGGUCCUGCACAUCUCCGACACCCACUACGAUCCCCACUACGCGGAGGGCUCCAAUGCCGACUGCAAUGAGCCGCUCUGCUGCCGCCUGAGCAGCGGACGUCCUGCCACGCCCAAUGCGGCAGCAGGGAAGUGGGGCGACUACCGGAAGUGCGACACGCCCAAGCGGACGGUGGACCACAUGCUGUCGCACAUAGCGGAGACCCACAAGGACAUCGACUACAUCCUGUGGACGGGCGAUCUGCCGCCGCACGACGUGUGGAACCAGACCAAGGAGGAGAACCUGGCCAUCAUCAAGGACACCGUGAAGCAGAUGGUCGAAAUGUUCCCCGGAGUGCCCAUCUUCCCCGCCCUGGGCAACCACGAGAGCGCUCCGGUGAACAGCUUUCCGCCGCCGUACGUCAACCAGGUGGACAUCUCCAUCAGUUGGCUCUACGACGAGCUGGACAUCCAGUGGCGCCGCUGGCUGCCCCAAAGUGUGACCCACACGGUGCGACGCGGUGCCUUCUACUCGGUGCUGGUGCGACCCGGAUUCAGGAUCACCUCGCUGAACAUGAACUACUGCAACAACAAGAACUGGUGGCUGCUGCUCAACUCCACGGAUCCCGCCACCGAGCUGCAAUGGUUCAUUUACGAGCUGCAAAGCGCCGAGUUCUCCAACGAAAAGGUGCAUGUCAUAGGGCACAUUCCGCCAGGACAUUCGGACUGCCUGAAGGUCUGGUCGCGCAACUUCUACAAGAUCAUAUCGCGCUACGAGAGCACAGUGACCGCCCAGUUCUACGGACACACGCACUACGAUGAGUUCGAAAUGUUCUACGAUCCCCACGAUCUGAACCAUCCCAAUGGCAUUGCGUACAUUGGACCCUCUGUGUCGCCCUACUAUGAUCUGAAUCCUGGCUACCGGAUCUACUACGUGGAUGGCGACCACGAUGCGACGACGCGCCUGGUCAUCGACCACGAGUCCUGGAUAAUGAAUCUCAAGGAGGCCAAUCUGUACGGCUACCCCAUUUGGUACAAGCUCUACACCGCCCGAGCGGCGUACAACAUGAAGGCGCUGCGUCCCAGCGACUGGAACAACCUGCUCAACGAGCUGACCAACAAUCAGGAGCUAUUCGAGCUGUACUACAAAUAUUACUGGAAGAACUCGCCGGCGCGUCCCACCUGCGAUGCGGAGUGCAAGAAGCGGCUCAUCUGCGACUGCCGAAGUGGGCGUUCCCACGACCGGAAGCACUUCUGCGCCGAGGUCGAGUCGAAGAUCGACGAGGAGUCGUCCAAGUCCUGGAAGUCCUGGUUCUACAAGGGAUUGACCAAUUCCUAUAGCCUCCUGUCCUCCAUCACUUACCUGCCCAAAUAUCUGCUGGGAUAUCGCUGAUUCGGAUGUAAGUCGAUCGUUUGAGGUCCGCCAACUGCGAGUCAAUGCAAUGCAAUCGCAACGAAGGAGAAGUCCUACCCCAUAAGUUUACUAUGUGAUAACUAGUGCUUAAAACCAUUUGUUUAGUUUACGUUAACGUUAACGCAAUGAUGUCCCAGUACUGCCCGCCUUGAAACCUUACAAGCGCCCCUCGGAAACUGAGUCAGUGAAGAAUAGUCAUUUAACUGUAGUCGAGUCGAUGCUGUUGCCCACCACGCAGCAUUUGUGGGCGUGGUUGGUUGCGCCCUUCUACGCAAUGGAAAUUGUUGAACAAAUUACCUUUUAGACACCUAACUGUAAUGCUAAUCUAGCUCUUAACUUAAAUAAAGUGCAAUUAUUUUUAUAAAA